UCUUUAACCAUGUAUUAAGAUUGGAUAAACAAUAUACACGUGAAAGGGGAGAAUCAAGGUUUUGUGUAUAGCUAUAACUUCACAUUCCUGCCUUGGUAUUUUUCAGGAAAUAAAGGGUAUUUAACACAAACUCCAACACCCUAAGGUGAGAGGGGACAAAUGAAUCUGAAAAUCAUUUAAAGAAAUGCAGUGUCCUGGUAACAUGAUGGUAACCGUGAAAACAAACCUUGACACGGAAUAAUGUCUGUAAGGGAGAUGGAUGAUAAGCAAAAUGAGCUGCUGUAGAACGACCAACAGGACCAGACAGCCCUGUUUACAGGCACAUCUGGUGAAAAAAGCCCAGUUUUUAUCAGCUCUUCCGCUAAUAUCCCUAAGUGUGAGCGGGGGAGGCCAGUGUGUGUGCGUUGGCACCACCCAUGGCAGCCCCACUGCCACCCGUGACAGGGGCAGACUGCUGCUGUUGCUGUCAGCCACCCUGCAAAACACGAUGGCUGAUGCCAGAUAGGUUUUCCAAAACCUGGGUGUUGCUUUUGACAUUCCUUGCUGUCUGCCUGACCCCCUGCUGUCUGCAGCCCUGAGGAGAAGGACUUGGGGGUAUUGAUUGAUGAGAAGCUCAACAUGAGCCGGCAGUGUGCGCUUGCAGCCCAGAAAGCCAACCGUGUCCUGGGCUGCAUCAAAAGCAGCGUGACCAGCAGGUCGACGGAGGUGAUCCUGCCCCUCUACUGUGGUCUUGUGAGACCCCACCUGGAGUAUUGCGUCCAGCUCUGGGGGCCCCAGUACAAGAAGGACAUGGAGCUGUUGGAGCGAGUCCAGAGGAGGCCACGAAGCUGAUCAGAGGGCUGGAACACCUCUCCUAUGAGGACAGGCUGAGAGAGUUGGGGUUGUUCAGCCUGGAGAAAAGGUGGCUCUGGGGAGAUCUAAUUGCGGCUUACCAGUACCUGAAGGGGCCUACAGGAAAGCUGGAGAGGGACUGUUUAUCAGGGAGUGUAGUGACAGGACAAGGGGGAAUAGGUUCAAGCUGAAGGAGGGUCGAUUUAGAUUAGAUAUUAGGAAGAAAUUCUUCCCUGUGAGGGUGGUGAGGCACUGGCACAGGUUGCCCAGAGAGGUUGUGGAUGCGCUCUCACUGGAAGUGUUCAAGGCCAGGCUGGAUGGGGCUUUGGGCAACGUGGUCUAGUGGAGGGUGUCCCUGCCCACGGCAUGGGGGUUGGAACUAGAUGAUCUUUAAGGUCCCUUCCAACCCAAACCAUUCUAUGAGUCUAUGAUUCUAUGAAAUGCCCAUCUCCUGACUAAAACCCAACCGCGGAGGGGAGACGGGGCGACCCUCUACACCGAGGGAUACGGCGACACGGUAACACGUAGAACUCCGCUGCUCAAGAGACGGAGCCGCAGGCGAUCGGGAGGAAACACAUGCCGUUUCCACAGGCGAGGGGCCACUGGAGCCUCCUUAGGCCCCGGACAGUAAGGCCAAGUAAACGCGGACGGCCGUGCGAGGCGCAGCCCGCUCUUCCCGGGACCUCUCUGGGAGCGGGGGCGCUGAGCCCGUCUCACCGGAACCGCCCCCGCGCGGGCGGCAUCAGGGCGGCGGCGGGGAUCGAUAUCUCGGCGCUCGGCAGGCGGCAGCCACCAUGGCGCUCAGCGGGGUGCGGGUGCUGGAGCUGGCCGGCCUGGCGCCGGCGCCGCUGUGCGGCAUGAUCCUCGCCGACUUCGGGGCCCAGGUGGUGCGGGUGGACCGCACUCCCCGUUCCGCCGUGUCCACCGACGUGCAGGGCCGCGGCAAGCGUUCCCUGGCGCUCGACCUCAAGCGACCCUCGGGCGCGGCAGCGCUGAGGCGGCUCUGCCGCGGGACAGACGUGCUCAUCGAGCCCUUCCGCCACGGUGUCAUGGAAAAGCUUGGGCUUGGUCCAGAGGUCCUUCUACAGGAGAAUCCCAGACUCAUCUAUGCUAGACUUACUGGAUUUGGCCAGACAGGAAAAUAUGCCAGGUCUGCAGGUCAUGACAUCAAUUAUUUGGCUUUAUCAGGUGUGCUGUCAAAGCUGGGUAGAAAAGAUGAAAAUCCUUAUGCACCCUUAAAUCUUCUGGCUGAUUUUGCUGGUGGAGGUGUCAUGUGCGCCAUGGGCGUUGUUACAGCCCUUUAUGAACGUACCAAAUCCGGCAAAGGGCAGAUAAUUGAUGCAAGUAUGGUAGAAGGAAUAGCAUACCUAAGUUCUUUCCUGUGGAAAUCACAAAAUCUGGGACUUUGGAACAGACCUCGAGGUGAGAACCUGCUAGAUAGUGGUGCACCUUUUUAUGAAACCUACAAGACCUCCGAUGGAAAAUUCAUGGCUGUUGGUGCCAUUGAGCCUCAAUUCUAUGAGGAGUUAAUAAAGGGUCUUGGGCUAGAUUCGGGUAAACUUCCCAGUCAGUUAAGUUUCUCCGACUGGCCCGAAAUGAAGAAAAAAUUUGCAUCCAUAUUUGCACAGAAGACACAAGCUGAAUGGUGCAGCAUAUUUGAUGGUACUGAUGCCUGUGUGACCCCUGUUUUAUCCUUUGAUGAUGUUGCCUCACAUCAGCAUAACAAAGAAAGAAGUUCUUUUAUCGAAAAUGAUCAGGAAGAGAUAAGUCCUAGACCUGCUCCUUUUCUAUCAAGGACCCCUGCUGUUCCAUCGUUUAAAAGAGAUCCUUUUAUAGGAGAACACACAGAAGAGAUACUUCUAGAAUAUGGAUUUACUAAGCAAGAGAUUACUAAACUUUACUCUGACAAAGUAAUAGAAUUUAGUAACCCAAAAGCUAAUUUAUAAUCUCUAACUAUGCAGAGCAGACAAAUUUCAGGCUGAUACAUUAAGUUUUUAUGCAUUAAAAUUGAAUUAUAUGACAAAUAAAUGUGUGAUAUAGCUUUUAAAUAAUUCUUUUUAAAAAAAUUACUGAAGUUUUAAGUUUAAUUGAAAACAGUGGGAGUUGUGUACUUUUGUACCCGGAUGGUCUGCAGUCUAGAAUGAUAUUGUGUUCUGAAGAUCUACAGUUUGCUUAGUAAGCAGCUGUAAAUCCUCAAAAUGUUUCUUUAAAUAUCAUAUUCUGUGAAAUGUUUGUUUCUUCUAAUUCUUAGUUACACCUUUGCUUUAAAAUGCAUAUUGUUAUUACAUGAAGGCAAUACUUUUCAUAAAAUAUAGUUAUAUUCUUCCUAAACAA